AUCAUAUAAUAACACUAAUAUAAGCAAAACGUCGUCACAUUGCUUGGACACGUGACCUACCCUCACGUGACAAGUAGUUUUAGUCAUGGCCGACGACUACAGGCGACAAGGCCUCGACUUGGAGAGAAGAAUAUUUGAGUUUGACGCUAAGUGUUCCGCUCUCAAAGCUGAGAAGCAAGAUGAUGACUAUUUACAAAAUGCAUCUGUCAUACUGGACAAGUUGAAAAGCUAUUACCGACAAGGAGGGGAAAGCAGCAGCCUUUCCAAGUUGCUUCAGGAUUAUACACAGGUGAUCCUAGAUAUCACAUUUUACGAAGAGAACAAACUGGUGGAUCAAGAGUUUCCAGAGGACUGUUCACCUUUCAAAAUCCAGCAGCUCCUGCAAGAUCUGACUGAGCCGGAAGUUCUGGUGGGGAGACUAGCACCAUCUCAAGAGGUGCAAACUGUUUUGGGCCUGGAGCUGUUAGAAUGCCUCUAUUGGAGACGUGGUGCGCUGCUCUACAUGUACUGCCACACCCUUCAUCAACGGAAGCAAUGGAUCAAGGAAAACAAGGAGACAUUCCUGAAGUGUAUUCAGGAAGGGGUGCGCUACCUAAUGCGGAUGCUGCAGGUGAGGAAUUCAGUGAAGCUCAAUGAUGGGGUGGUCCUCCAUGACACUGCAACCGCAGGCUUCCUAUCUGAAGGUAUUUUCUCAGACACGCACCUGCUGACCAUGAUGUACAUUGGAGAAAUGUGCUUCUGGGCCGUAAAGUAUGAAGACUACAGCGGCGACACGGUGGAUUGUAAAGAAGACCGCCUCCAGUUUAGGGACAUUGGCACGCAGAUCCUCAACAAGUACGUGCUUGCCUGCGAGGGCCCUCUCCAGGGCCAGGGCUGGAAUACGGAGAACGCCAAGGAGAUCCUCAGUGUUUUACAGUGAAGCUCAGCCGCCUCAGUGUCCAGGUCAUCCCCGGACACAGAUAUGACAUCAGUAUUCAAUGUUUUUUUUUUUCAAUCCCGAAAUUAAAUUUUUAAAAAUGGGGGGAAAGAACCCACCAGGUGAGAGCGUGUGUAAUGGAAGGUUAAGGCAUGGGGAGAAAAAUGUAUUUGGGCAAAGGCCAAAGGUCAGCUAGACCUCACUCCACACCACAUGAUCCAGUCAAAUGGCAUAAGACAGGUGGUUGAACCUGACAAUUAUUUGUUUUCUUUUUUUUUUUUUUUUACCCAUUCUGCUGGAACAAAGAAAGCAGUUCUCUUCAUUCUAGACUGUUGACUAGGGCACUUGUUUUGCCCUAAGAAUGUGUUAUAAUAACAUUAAUAUAAAAGAUUCUUAGUAAAAUUUUUUCGUUUUUUUAAGAAUUGUUUAUUUCAUAACAGCCUGAAAAGAAACAUUGCACAGUAACAUUUUUAUUUAUUCUUAAGUUGCCAUUUUGGUAUGCUUUUAAUAUUUGACAUCUGUUUAUACUCUAUACACAAGUUUGUAAAUGUGUAUAAAAUACACACAAAGCAAAUGAGUUUUUUCCAGAAAGUGCGCUCAGAUUUAUUCAUAAUCCAUUACUUGUAUUUCCCUUUUAUUGCAAAAUUUUCAACAUUUAAUUACAUUUCAUUGUUUAGCUUUUAAUAGAGAACGUGCUGUUUCGGAUUCAAUUUUCUGUUUUUUUAUGUCCUUGGUGACAAAGCCCGUGUUGUUUUAA